CCAAAUCUUCGGCGCUUUCGCUGUUGCUCUUCCGGUGCCGGCUUCUUCUCCUCCGGCGUCAUCUCUGCUGCCAUCGCCCAUGUUUUUGCUCUUUUCGUCGCCGUCUCGAUCGGAGCUAACAUCUCCGGCGGCCACGUCAACCCCGCCGUCACCUUCGGCGCCUUCAUCGGCGGCCACAUCACCCUCCUACGUGGCAUCCUCUACUGGAUUGCCCAGUUGCUUGGUUCCAUCGUGGCUUGUUUAUUACUCAAGUUUUCCACCAAUGGCAUGUCAACAUCGGUGUCUGGAAGGCUUCAAGAACUCUAUCAGCGACCCACAAUCCAAACUCUCCUCAUGGAUCUUCACCAACACCUCCGUCACCUUCAUAUGCAAGCAGCUCGUCGGCGUUUCCUGCUGGAAUGAGAAAGAGAACCGCC